AUGUCUGAAGAAGCAGGUGAAAUCAGUCCUACAGCUUGGGAUAAGUUAAUGGAAGAAGUUAGUUGGUUACGAGAAGCUUAUACUCAUAAAUGUUCUGAAGUCGGAUAUCUUAGUGGAGAAACUGAUCGUAUGAAAUGGCUAUACGACCAAAGUUGUGAACAAAUUAUAUCAUUAAAAGCCCAAAACGAACAUCUAAGGAAAGAAUUAGAUGAGAGUGAAUUUCUUCGUAAGAAGUUAACUGAACAAGUUGAUGAACCAAAAAUUGAACAAUGUAAAAAGCGACACCAUAAUAGGGGUGGAAGAUUUCAAAAUUAUCGAAAUCUUUCUUUGAAUCUCAAGAAAAAUAAUAAUAACGGAAAUGGAGAUAGUAAUGAUAAUGAUAAAAGAAACAAGGACGCUAAAAAUUCUCAGUGGGACAGCGCUGAUGAAAGAGAAAAAUCUAGCGAGGACGAAGUCGUGAUAGAUAAAUAA